AUGAUUGCCAUAGGCUUAGAGGGCUCGGCAAAUAAGUUGGGAGUUGGCCUCAUUCUCCAUCCCGAUGACGGCGGCUCCCCGCAGGUUCUCUCAAACGUUCGCCACACCUAUGUUUCCCCGCCGGGUGAAGGGUUUCUGCCAAAGGAUACGGCGAAACACCAUCGUGCAUGGGUCGUUAAUCUCGUGAAAUGCGCCUUAAAGGAAGCUGGGGUUACAGUUAGUGAUGUGGACUGUAUUUGUUACACGAAGGGUCCAGGAAUGGGUGCACCUUUGCAGAGUGUGGCUGUCGCAGCGAGGAUGCUGAGCCUAUUAUGGGGGAAAGAGUUGGUUGGGGUUAAUCACUGUGUUGGACAUAUUGAAAUGGGGCGCUAUAUCACUGGGGCACCCAAUCCUAUCGUCCUCUACGUAUCAGGCGGAAAUACCCAAGUUAUUGCAUAUAGUUCACAACGAUAUCGAAUAUUCGGCGAAACCCUUGACAUUGCGGUUGGGAAUUGCCUUGAUCGUUUUGCUCGUACUCUCCAUAUCUCUAAUGAUCCAGCUCCUGGCUACAAUAUUGAACAGUUGGCAAAGAAAGGGAGAAAAUUGGUCGAUCUUCCAUAUGCAGUUAAAGGGAUGGAUUGCUCUUUCUCCGGGAUAUUAGCGUCCGUAGAUGCAUUAGCAGCAUCCUUGGGACUUGGUGGGGAGGACCAGGCUAAUAGGGAUGCGGCUGAGAAAGCAAUCAAAGCCAUGGAUGACGUCACAAAUGACGACCUGCCUACUCGUGCAGACCUCUGCUUUUCGCUUCAGGAAACUGUGUUUGCUAUGCUUGUUGAAAUUACGGAACGCGCCAUGGCGCAUGUUGGGUCGAAAGAGGUGCUGAUCGUGGGAGGCGUGGGCUGUAAUGAACGCUUGCAGGAAAUGAUGGGAAUCAUGGCCCGAGAUCGUGGAGGAAGCGUAUAUGCGACAGAUGAGCGAUUCUGCAUUGACAACGGCAUUAUGAUUGCACAGGCUGGUUUGUUGGCGUAUAAAACCGGAUUUCGAACGAAGCUGGAGGAGGCAACCUGCACGCAAAGGUUCAGAACCGACGAUGUUUUUGUGAAAUGGCGUGAUGACUAA